CUUAAUAUAUAAAAUAACUUUAGUAAGCGACCCGAAAUACUACAUUGUGUUUUAUGUUUUGUUAAGUUAAGAAGCAAACAUUGAAUGCGCAAAGUGAAGACGGAUUAAUGGAUGGUUGUUAAAUUAGAAAAUAAAAAUAAAACAUUUGCAUAAUAUAUUUUAUGUAAACAUGACUGUGACUUAGAUGAAAUUUGACCUUGAUUCGAGUGUUAUUAUUUCUUAUAUAAAUAGAGAUGGUACAUCGAAAGUAAUUGGAUAAAUGUCGCCUUCGAUAUUACGUUUCGUUGCCUGUAGCAAUACUCAAGAUGGGAAAUUACUUGUGCAGAUAUCGACCAGAAUCGCAUGAAGAGGUUGACCAGAUAUACAUAACUCCUGCAGGAGCUCAAAAUCCAGCACCAAAUCCGGCACCGUGUAAGGGACGGACGUUCGGACGAAGCAGCCACGUGUAUUACAACAAUGCCUGCACUAAACAACCAAUAUAUGAAAAUGCAGGUGUCAUGGAUCCUAGGUUUUCUACAGAGCGACUGCAUUCAACACUUAAUAAUACCCAAGCGAACAAUUGGACGGAUGAACAGUCUUUGGAAACGGAUCCUUAUAUUUCCUUGAACGAAGUCCGUGAACAAGACUUAACGAAUGACGAAGACAGCACGCGCGUUAAGAGUCCUGCUGGUCGACUUGAUGAAGACAGUUUGACAGAACAUUCUUUAGACGCCACUCAUUUGAAACAGCCUGCAUCUCAUCGCUCGAGCAAACGAUCCUCUAGUACAUAUGACUCCGGUCGAGGGAGUGGCAGCAAAAAGCGAUCAAUCAAGCGAUGGCUAGAGGCAACACCGCGACAGCACAUCGAGCAUAUGGUCAACACUUACAGGCCACAUAUCACACAAACAAUAUCCGUAAAGGAGAUGCUCGUACAUGUAGAGACCGCUAUGAGCAAACAUGGAUAUAGCACUCUCGAGGCAUUGUUGGACAAGAAGCCAGAAACAGAAUUAGCUGAAAUGCUUCUCGAGUCGAUCGAGGUGUCGAAUGAGCCAGGGAAAUGGCAGACAUUUAUCAACGCAUUAGAGAAAUUGGAAUACGGACCUUUGCUCAAACUCCUCCGGUGUGAAUGGGAAGAUGAUCAGACAGACAGACGGGAGCUGCUUAAAAUACUAUCACCGGGCUUGUUGAACAAUAUCCAUCUUAGUGAAUGCAUUGAUCAGCUGUACUCAAGAGGUAUUAUCAAUGAGGAGGACAAACAACAAAUAGAGUGCAUGGAGAAAAUGCACGGCACCAUCGCAGGAACGCGAAAGAUGUUUCAACUAUUUCCUCGGCGGUCAGUAAACUGGACUACAGAGCUCGCCCAUAUACUGAAAGCACAUGGUCUUGGGGACUAUGCGAGCUUUUUCAUAGAAGAAAAUGACGAUUUAGAAUCAGAAUCUCACAGCACGAGUGCAUCACCCAGAGUUCCAGCGCGUAUUCGUCAACUGACGCCAGCAGCGCACCCUGAUGUCGACCCGCAUCUUCACCGAGGUGGACAUGGUCGCAUUAUUGCGAGAAUUGAAACACUAUUGAGAGAGUUUGAAUACGACAACAAGAGGCAACGUUUGGAGUUCAAAACAAUGUUGGAAGAGUGCAAUAGUAAAGUCGAUCAGCUUAAAGACGUCGUGUGUAGACAAAGUGCUAAACUUGAAGAUUUAAACGGCAACGAAGAAAGAAAAUAUCAGAUAAUUGAAACCAUGUCAGAGAAGGUUGAGCACUUAUCUAGCCUUAUCCAAACCAUGCAUUCGUACACUGGUCUACCACCCACUAGGUGUGGUCCUGCCCCCAUAGACAGCGGUUUGGGCUCAGAGAAUGAAGUCACGGACUGUGACUGUGAUGACAGUUUAUUGUCAACGCAUUUCUGAAUUCAAUCUUCGCCAUGGUACCCUAUUACGAUCGAAAAAUCAGUGUUUCUUUUGACCUGAACGAUUGCAAGUGUUAGCAAAAAUACUGUUUUGAUGCGCAGUGGUAUCUCUUUACAACGUCAUGUUCACUUGGUCAAGUGUAAAGAUUUCUUGUUUCAUAAUUUCUGCACAAUUCUGAACGCGGAAAUAUUCCAGUUUUUUUUCGUAUCAUGAGAAAUGAUAAAGGAGCGCGUUGUAUCCAUGCCUUUUUCAUAGAAGGGAUUGAAUACAAAAUAAUAAUUGUUAGAAAAUAUUUGGAGAGUAACGGUAUAUAGAUUUUUCAGGUUCUACUGCUUAUCGAUGAAAGAUCUUGAAAAAUAAUCGUCCUCAUAUUGGUCGUAGUGUUUCAUCAGGGGAACCGUUAUAACUACACCGUGUCUCGUGUCAAUAAGUGGACUAAAAUGAUUUGCAAAUGGUUUUAAAGCUGGAUGAAUACCACAGCGUCAAUCGUCUCAAAAGACUAAGUCGUGAAGGGUCAAGUUGUUGCCCUUUCAGUGAAAUUACGUUAUAUUAACGAUUAUACAAUCGAGCACAUUCCACUUUCAAAGUCGUAACGUUUCAGAUCUCUUACUUCAUAAUUUAGCCGAAUAACUUCAUCACAAAAGUCGAACAUCUCCACAAAAUCAGCCACUACGACGUUCAUCUCACCGUGGCGAAUGUCUUUGUUUCUUACCCAGUUCACAAUCGCCUUCGUCGCAGGUUUCGACAACUUGUCCUUCAAAGUUCCGUCGAGAUUAUUUGCCAGGUAAUCGUUGGUAAUCGUCAUCACACCGUCCCAGCAGUAGAAGAGAUGCGGCGGCCGCCCGUGCUCGUAGCGCGUGUUAAGGCAAGAGACCAUGUCACGUGUCGUCUGCGCGCAGGGAUGCACGUAUCCGAUAUGUUCGUUUGGCCAGAUGCAGAUAUGCUCAAAUAUACACUGAAAAGAGAGUUGUUGGAGAAUAUUGGGCAGCUGUUACAUUGAUAAAAUAUUUCAAAUAUAGAUUCCUAAUUAAAUUCAGAUGAGUAACAUGGGGUUACUCGUUUGAUCGAUUGUAAAUGUCGUUACUUUUAUUAUAGUAAUACACACUAUAUUGUGUCUAAAGAUUGUAUAUUUGCUAAAAAGACAUGCAUGAAGUUGCAUAAUUUUUGUAUUAGUAUUUUUAUUUUUAUUAUAUUUUGCUUUUGUAAUUAUUUUAAGGCUGACUGCAGUAUGCUAGACAUAGUUGAGGGAUAUUUACAUACUGUGUUUUUGAAGACCAAAUUGUAAAAAAGAAAUGUUAUUUCUUAAUGUGUUAUCUUCGUAAAAUAAAGUUAUUAUUAUUAUUA